UACUUAAUGAUACAAUGGACUACUAAUCAUGCCUUACCUCUAAUUGUUUCUUUCAUCUGAUUCAGGAAAACUCAAUCAUGCAAACUCGUGAGUCCUUCCUUCAAAAGUGGAAGAAGAUAUUUGUAGCAUCAUGUCUGUUUGCUGUUCUGCUGGAUCCAUUGUUUCUCUACGUUCCUAUGAUGAAGGAUGAUAUCAAGUGCGUGCAGUCUGACAGAAACUUGAAGAUUGCCGCUCUUCUUUUAAGAUCGCUCACUGAUCUUUUCUAUUUAUUUGACAUUAUUUUUCAAAUUUAUACAUCCCACAACUAUUCGGGUUUCAUGCAUGAAUAUCGUCGCAGACAGUAUCGCUCGAAAAUAAGAUAUUGGAGGAAAUUUUUUGUGCCAACAAUAACUAAGACAAUGUGGGGGUCAUACAAUAUCUUAAUUGACAUUUUGGCUAUUCUUCCGCUUCCACAGGUAGCAAUUCUCAUUUUCUUUUCAAAACUGAGGGACUUGAGAUUUUUGAACACGAUAAGGAUGGUUACCAUGAACCUUUUUGUUCUAUUGCAAUAUAUUCCACGAGUAUUUCGUAUCUACUUAUCAUGUAAGGAACUUAAACAUAUAGAGAUUGGAGAGACUGCUAUAUGGAUUAAAGGUGUCUUGAAUUUCUUUAUGUACAUCCUUGCUAGUCAUGUACUUGGUGCCAUAUGGUACUUUUUCGCUAUUCAACGGAUGGCCACUUGUUGGCAUGAUGCAUGUCGAAAAGAAAAUAGAUGUAACACUAGUACUUUUGGUUGUCCUGACCAUCACGCGUUUAGAAAUAUUACAUUUCUAAAUGAUAUAUGCCCUAUAAGUCCAGUGAAUGUUGGUAUAUAUAUUACAAUCCUUCAAUCUGGUAUACCGGGGUCAACAAAUUUUUUCCAGAAACUCUCCAAUUGUUUUUGGUGGGGAUUGCGAAAUUUGAGUUCUCUUGGUUCAAACCUUGAGCCUAGCGUGGAUGGAUGGGAAAACCUCUUUGCAGCGUCCAUCUCUAUAAUUGGAUUGCUUUUAUUCUUAUAUCUCAUUGGAAAUUUGCAGACAUACAUGCAGUUGGAUACGGCAAGAAUAGAGGCGUAUAGACACAAUAUGAAAGUGAAACAAAAGAUGGAAAAGAAAGAUAAUGAGACAGAGUUGUGGUUAUCUGAAAAUGGCAUCCCCAAAAGGUUGCAUAAGGUUAUGAAGUUGAAGAUCAUGGAGAAGGUACAACAAGAACUUGAAGAAAAUAGGGAUGCUGAUUUGGACUAUAUCCUCUCUAUUCUUCCCUUGGAUCUUCAGAGCCAAAUUACAGAUUAUAAGCAUAGACACGAGAUGAAAGGUCGGGAGACAGAAUUGUGGUUAUCUGAAAAUAACAUCCCCAAAAGGUUGCAUAAGGAUAUGAAGUUGAUGAUCAUGGAGAAGGUACAACAAGAACUUGAAGAAAACAGGGAUGCUGAUUUGGACUAUAUCUUCUCUACUCUUCCCUUGGAUCUUCAGAGCCAAAUUACAGAUUAUAAGCACAAACACGAGAUGAAAGGUCGAGAGACAGAAUUGUGGUUAUCUGAAAAUGGCAUCCCCAAAAGGUUGCAUAAGGAUAUGAAGUUGAAGAUCAUGGAGAAGGUACGACAACAACUUGAAGAAAACAGGGAUGCUGAUUUGGACUAUAUCUUCUCUAUUCUUCCCUUGGAUCUUCAGAGCCAAAUUACAUAUUAUAAGCAUCGACACGAGAUGAAAGGUCGAGAGACAGAAUUGUGGUUAUCUGAAAAUAACAUCCCCAAAAGGUUGCAUAAGGAUAUGAAGUUGAUGAUCAUGGAGAAGGUACAACAAGAACUUGAAGAAAACAGGGAUGCUGAUUUGGACUAUAUCUUCUCUAUUCUUCCCUUGGAUCUUCAGAGCCAAAUUACAGAUUAUAAGGAUAAACACGAGAUGAAAGGUCGAGAGACAGAAUUGUGGUUAUCUAAAAAUUGCAUCCCCAAAAGGUUGCGUAAGGAUAUGAAGUUGAAGAUCAUGGAGAAGAUACGACAACAACUUGAAGAAGACAGGGAUGCUGAUUUGGACUACAUCCUCUCUAUUCUUCCCGUGGAUCUUCAGAGCCAAAUUAGAAGUUGUAUGCCUAUGGCUAGGUUGAAGCAGGUGCCUACUUUGCAAAACAUGGAUGAAUCUGUGUUGAGAAGAAUUUGUCAGUAUCUUGAGCCCAGGGAGUUUGAUGACAAUUCUAUCAUUAUUGAAAAGGGUGAACCACUUAUAAGGAUGCUAUUCAUUGUGGACGGAAAUGUAAGCAUUGGAAAGAGAGAUGGUUCUUCUUCUUCUCAUAAUAAUUUGCAGCAACGACCUCGAGGUGCAGGAGAAGUAUGUGGAGAAGAGCUUCUACUUUGGCCAUUGUCUUUGUGGAUCUCAUUUCCUGACUACGUAUUACUCGCAACCGAGUCUGCUAAGGCAAUAGGUCAUGUUGAAGCCCUUGUUCUCAAGGCUACAGACUUGCGGGAAGUGGUCAAAAUGGAGUAUUACGUUGGGAUGAUGCGUAGAACAUUUAGUGCAAAAGAACUUGAGAAGGCAACAGACAACUACCAUCGAAGUAAAAUCAUUCCUACAGGGAACUCUGCAACCUUUUACAAAGGAGUACUGCCAAUAACAGAUGAUGAUAAAACAGUGGUUGUGGUAAAGAAGUACAAUUAUUCUGUUUAUCAUGGAUUUGCAGCUUUUGAGGCAGCUGUUGCUUCUCAGACCAACCACAUAAAUGUGGUGAGGUUCUUAGGUGGUUGUGUGGAAGAAGAAGAAGAAGAAGAAAAAGAACCAUUUUGGGUUCUUCGGAACACUUGCAAUGGCACAGCCGCACUGGUUUUUGAGUACACUCCCAAUGGCACACUUUUUGAGCACAUUCAUAAAGAAGAAGCAGCAGGCAGCUUUGAAGGAUCAUCAUCGUCACCAACUGCUCUACUUUCAUUGGAGUCACGACUCAAGAUAGCGUCAGAAACAGCUGGAGCACUAGCUUACUUACACUCACUCACUCCGCCAAUAAUACACCUGUUUUUGUCGACAAAACAUGUACUAUUGGAUGAUCAUUACACCGCAAAGCUGUCUGCCAUUGGACAGUGGCAAGCAGCCUUUCACACAUCAGAUUUAUUAAAGGAAGGAUACACGGACCCUCAUUUUCGAAGAGACGGACUAGCAGAAAAGAGUGACGUCUAUAGCUUUGGAGUUGUCCUAGCGGAGCUACUAACAAGUCAAAAGCCAGCUUCUCCUAACAAAGAAAGGGAAGACCCACCCCUGGCAACCUGUAUUCUAUCCUCAAUGAAAGAGGGUCGCUUGAAUCAAAUUCUGGAUGGUGAAAUAAUAGUCAAUGAAGCAACUUCUGAGACAGCCAAAAAGGUGGCGGAUCUUGCAAAAAGAUGUUUAAGGUCAAAAAGGAAGGAAAGGCCUUCCAUGGAGCAAGUAGCCGUGGAGCUUGAGGGAUUGCGCAAGUUUAUGGCAGAGCAUGAAAGGGGACAACCCAGUUUCUCAAUCAGGCCAAACUCUAAUUAGUGUUGUUUGCAGAUGCUUUAUUAAUCUAAUUAGUGAAUAAUUCUCUGUUAAUCUUGUCCUCUUGACUCUAAGCAUUAUAUUAAUCAACUCACCACUAGUGUCUUGUACGCGUUGGUGAAGAAGUUGACAA